UUCAUUUCUAGCUAGCGCUGCGACUACAUACUGGGCAGUGCGCGCUGUACAAUAUAUAUAAUAAUGAAUGCUCAAUGGUACUUCAUUACAUCCGAAUCGCUUUGUAACUCUAGCAUUGCAGUGUCUUUUUCCAUGGUUCCAGCAGAAGAUGGAAGAAUGGGUGUGAGUAGUAGUAGUAGUAGUUCAAGAAACCGGCCGCCGCCUUCAAGAGCAAGGUGGUGGUGGUACAACUUCCUAAGAAGAGUGUUGAACGGAUCAACAUUAUUAUCUGAUCUCUCCUCCGCCUCCAAUCCAUUCAAUUCCUUGACUUGGAUGAUGAUGGAAUGCAUAACUUUAAUUAUCCAAAUACUCAUCACAGCUUACGCACUGGCAGUUUCCAAGGGGGAGACCCAGACCCCUAUUUGGCCAAUCAGAAUUUGGGUCUCAGGUUAUGCUUUUGCCUGUAUUCUAGGCCUCAUGCUACUAUGUUGCCGCUAUUUUCUAGUAUUUCAUCACAACAGGCCCAGGGAUAAUAAUGCUUUUUCUGCUCCAUCGCCUAAUUCUGAUAUGCUGAUACACAACACCACGCAACGUACUAUUGACGAAUCAAGGUUGCGAGCGGUGGAGAAAUUGAGGAGCUGUGUUGAGCUAUUCUUCGCGAUAUGGUUUGUGAUGGGAAAUGUUUGGGCGUUGGAUUAUUCCAGAUUUGGAUUUGGAUCAUUCCACCGCGGGCCCGGGGCUCCAAAGCUUCAUGUUCUUUUCAUAAUCCUGCUUGCAUGGAAUGCGCUCACCUACUCACUUCCCUUUAUAUUCUUCGUGUUGCUAUAUAUAUGCUGCUGUGUGCCGCUGUUUAGCAGCAUUAUUCUCGGAUACAUGGGACCCAUUACUGACCCAGGACGAGGAGCAUCCGAUGAGCGCCUCUCUACUCUACCAACUUGGAAGUACAACCAAGUUGAGUCCACAAUUUCCGGCUUGGAAAAUGAACAUCAAGAAUGCAGCAUUUGCUUAGCAAGUUACCGUGAAAAGGAAGAGAUCAGACAACUGCCGUGCUCUCAUAUAUUCCAUCUUAAGUGUGUUGAUCAAUGGCUCAGAAUCACAUCUUCUUGUCCUCUCUGUAAAAAGAAAUUAGAGAGUGUAAAAUAAUGUGGAAAAGUUUUACAUGAUAAAUGAAAUGGGUAAAAUUAUUAU